ACGCCCAGCCCCCUCCCCACGCACCGGCUUGAAGGGUUCAGGACGAUGCUUUUAAUGCACAAAGAUCACCUGGAACUCAUGGGUUGGGGUGGUUUCGAGUGUCUCCUUCUGGGUAUCUCUCCCCACCUUCCCUCUCCACCAGAGAAUGGAAGUGUUACUUGCUCAGUCGUGUCAUGACUGCGACCCCAUGGAUGGUGGCCAGCCAGGCUCCUCUGUCCAUGGGAUUCUCCAGGCAGAGUCUUUACCAUCUGAGCCACCAAGGAAGCCCUCCACUCGCCUCCCUCCCAAGCCCUCCCCUGGCCAAGGGUAUAAGCUUCAUAAGGGAGGUCGGCGGCAUGGAGGCGCGCUUCACGCGUGGGAAGUCGGCGCUGCUGGAACGCGCGCUGGCCCGGCCACGCACCGAGGUGAGCCUGAGCGCCUUUGCCCUGCUCUUCUCCGAGCUGGUUCAGCACUGCCAGAGCCGCGUCUUCUCCGUGGCGGAGCUGCAGGCGCGCCUGGCCGCGCUGGGCCGCCAGGUGGGCGCCCGCGUCCUGGAUGCGCUGGUGGCUCGCGAAAAGGGCGCCCGGCGCGAAACCAAGGUGCUGGGCGCCCUGCUCUUCGUUAAGGGCGCCGUGUGGAAGGCGCUGUUCGGCAAGGAGGCCGACAAGCUGGAGCAGGCCAACGACGACGCCCGCACCUUCUACAUCAUCGAGCGCGAGCCGCUCAUCAACACCUACAUCUCGGUGCCCAAGGAGAACAGCACGCUCAACUGUGCCAGCUUCACCGCGGGCAUCGUGGAGGCGGUGCUCACGCACAGCGGCUUCCCCGCCAAGGUCACCGCGCACUGGCACAAGGGCACCACGCUGAUGAUCAAGUUCGAGGAGGCCGUCAUAGCCCGGGACCGGGCCCUGGAGGGCCGCUGAUCUCCCCGAGAUAAAGGAUGCAGACAGCCCCCUU